AUGUCAUCUAGAUCGACAAGCAGAACCCAUUGUUCGAGGAGCAGUUCUUCACGAUUGAAACGCGAUGCUCGUGUGGUUUCACAAACCCCAAUUGACGCAAAGCUUCAUGGCGACUUCGAAGAAUCCGAAAGACAGUUUGACUACUCUACUUCCAUUGACGUCAACGCAUCAACUUCAACCAGCAAUGUCCCUUCAUCGACUGUAUCAGCUUACCUUCAGAAAAUGCAAAGAGGAAGUCAAAUUCAGCCUUUCGGAUGCAUGAUUGCAGUCGAUGAACAAACCUUAAGCGUGUUAGCCUACAGUGAAAACGCCCUCGAGAUGUUGGAUUUAGCUCCACAUGCAGUUCCAAACAUCGAACAACAAGAAGCUUUAACUUUUGGAACAGAUGUCCGUACCCUCUUUAGAUCUUCAAGCGCAUCCGCUCUUCAAAAAGCAGCGAACUUUCCAGAAAUUAAUCUUCUCAAUCCUAUAUUAGUUCAUUGCAGGAGUUCAGCUGCUGGAGCUUUAAAGUCUUAUAAGCUUGCAGCUAAAGCGAUUUCAAGAUUACAAUCUUUACAAAGUGGGAAUAUAUCCCGAAUGUGUGAUGUUUUGGUUCGUGAAGUGAGUGAGUUGACUGGGUAUGACCGGGUUAUGGUUUACAAAUUUCAUGAAGAUGAACAUGGUGAAGUUAUUGCAGAGUGUCGAAAGCCUGAUCUUGAACCUUAUCUUGGGUUACAUUAUCCUGCAACUGAUAUCCCUCAAGCUUCAAGAUUUCUUUUUAUGAAAAACAAAGUUAGAAUGAUUUGUGAUUGUUUAGCUCAAUCUGUGAAAGUGGUUCAAACCAAGAAUUUACCUCAGCCUUUGAGUCUUUCAGGGUCUGCUUUGAGAGCUCCUCAUGGAUGCCAUUCACAAUACAUGGCAAACAUGGGGUCCAUUGCAUCUCUUGUGAUGUCUGUCACCAUUAGUGAUGGUGAUUAUGAUGAUGAAGAAGAUGAUGAGAACGAAUCCGAAAGUGGGAUAAAUCAGCAAAAAGAAGAAAAGGGAAAAAGAUUAUGGGGUUUAGUUGUUUGUCAUCAUUCAACUGCUCGAUUCGUCCCAUUCCCUUUGAGGUACGCGUGUGAGUUUUUGAUUCAAGUUUUCGGUGUUCAAAUAAACAAAGAAGUCGAAUUAGCUGCUCAAUUACAAGAAAAACACAUCUUGAAGACACAAACUGUACUUUGUGACAUGCUUCUAAGAGAAGCACCAAUUGGAAUCAUGACACAAUCGCCUAAUGUCAUGGAUCUUGUUACAUGUGAUGGUGCUGCUCUUUACUACAAAAACAAGUUUUGGCUUCUUGGAAUCACCCCUAAAGAAUCACAAAUUAAAGAUAUAGCACAUUGGCUUCUUCAAGAACAUGAAGGGGGGACAGGGUUAAGUACAGAUAGUCUCAUGGAUGCUGGAUACCCGAAUGCUUUAGUCUUAGGAAAAGCGGUUUGUGGAAUGGCUGCUAUCAAGAUUACUUCAAAAGAUUUUCUUUUUUGGUUUCGAUCACAUACUGCAAAAGAAGUGAAAUGGGGUGGAGCAAAACACUAUCCGGAUGAUAAAGAUGAUGGAAGAAAAAUGCAUCCGAGGUCAUCAUUCAAGGCAUUUUUGGAAGUUGUCAAGAAUAGGAGUUCACCAUGGGAAGAUGUGGAAAUGGAUGCCAUUCAUUCUUUACAAUUGAUUUUGAGAGGAUCUUUACAAGAUGAUGAGGACAAGGGUGGUGAUGAUAAUGAUGAUGAUGAUGAUAAUGAUAAGAAGAUUGUGAGUGUUCCAACCGUUGGAUCGAGCAUACAAAGGGUUGAUGAACUGCGUGUUGUGACUAAUGAAAUGGUUAGGUUGAUUGAAACCGCUUCGGUUCCUAUAUUUUCGGUUGAUGGGUAUGGAAAUAUUAGCGGGUGGAAUGAUAAAAUAGGCGAAAUUACCGGAUUGCCAUUGGACCAAGUAGUUGGUGUCCCAUUGGUCAACUUGGUUGUCAAUGAUUCGAUUGAUAAAGUCAAAGUCAUGCUUUCAUCCGCCUUACAUGGCAUCGAGGAGAAAAAUCUUGAAAUCAAACUAAAAUGUUUCGGUAGCCAAGAAAAAAAUGACCAUAUUACCCUCGUUACAAACGCGUGUUGUAGCCGCGAUUUGAAUGAAGUGAUAGUUGCGGUAUGCUUUGUGGGACAAGAUUUAACGGCUCAAAAGUUAAUCACGGACAAAUACACAAAAAUGAAAGGCGAUUAUUCUAGUAUUAUCCGUAGCCCGUGUCCACUUAUUCCACCAAUUUUCAUGAUGGAUGAAUAUGGUAAAUGUUCCGAAUGGAAUGAAGCAAUGCAAAAAAUUACGGGGUUACGGAGGGAAGAAGCAUACAAUCGUAUGCUUAUUGGUGAAGUUUUCACCGUUGGUAGUUUCGGAUGUCGGGUCAAAGGCGAAGAUUCUUUGACCCGACUCAGAAUACUGCUAAACGAGGUGAUUUCGGGGUUGGAUGCGGAUAAAUUGAUGUUCGGUUUUUUUGAUCAAAAUGGUAAGUAUGUUGAAGCGUUACUUUCGGCUAACAAAAGGGUUGAUAAAGAUGGAAAAAUUACGGGGGUUUUGGGGUUUUUACAUGUAACAAGCCCCGAGCUUCAACAUGCCAUGAUGGUGCAACGAAGGUCCACACAAGCUGCUUUGAAUAGUCUUACAAAGGUGACCUACUUGCGCCAUGAACUCAAGAGUAGUUUAAAUGGGAUCAAAUGUAUUGAGGAUUUGAUGGAAUCAUCGGAGUUGGGUAGAGAGCAAAGACAUAUUUUGCGUAAGAGCCAUUUGUGUAGAGAACAAUUAGCACAAAUUGUCGAUGAUGCGGAUAUCGAAAGCAUUGAAGAAUGUUAUACGGAGAUGAAAUGUGCGGAGUUUAAACUUGGUGAGUCUUUAGAGGUGGUUUUAAAUCAAAUCACAAGUUUGAGCCGAGAGAGGAAAGUGGAGGUGGUUUAUGAUGCACCCGAUCAAGUGUUGUCUUUGUGUGUAUUUGGUGAUAAUUUGAGGCUUCAACAAGUUCUUGCGGAUUUCUUGUCAAAUGCUGUCAACUUCACUCCUGCAUUUGAAGGAUCUUCGGUUGUGUUUCAUGUAACUCACAAGAUGGAACACAUAGGAGCCAAGAUUCAAGUCGCCCAUCUUGAAUUCAGAAUUACCCAUCCGGCACCGGGGAUCCCAGAGAAGUUGGUUCAGGAUAUGUUUCUCCAUAACCGAAGUGUCUCAAGAGAAGGGCUUGGACUUUACAUUAGCCAAAAGCUUGUUAAGAUCAUGAAUGGAACUGUGCAGUAUCUUAGGGAGGCUGAGAAAGCUUCUUUCAUAGUUAUGAUUGAGCUUCCAAUAGCACCCUCAUUGACAUCUGACAACAAACGAUCAAAAAGAGUCGUAUAACCAAAAUGGGAAAGUUUGAUUGGUGGAGUUUGUGUAAUCUGCUUCGUUUUUGUACAGAAAAAAAGGGAUGGUGAUGAAGAGUUACAUACAAAACCUUGAGGAGCU